UUCCUGCAUUACGAAUCAAGAUUGACAUAGUGGGCUAUUAGAACUAAAUAGACUCGCUCAUCCCCCCGUAUGGACGAACCUGUAACUGAGCUGGUGCGACCAUGCUUUUCGUUCAUAACUCCUGGCAACCAGGUUGAGCAGAAAGACUCGUACAUGAUUAUAAACCAAGGCUAUGUUCAUUUCAUCAGCCCUACCACGCCAUUAUCAUUUCCAGAUGAAGCACAUCCCCAGCGUCCACUGCUAUUUCUCCAUGGUGGAGGGCUUACAUCUACCGUUUAUACAACGCCACUCCAUCAUUCGACGCAGACAUGGGCUACGCUGUCCGCCGACUCAGGCCGGCCAACAUAUCUCCUAGACUUCCCGGAUAGUGGCCACUCACAGCGGCCGCCGUCCAAGUUCCGCACGCUUGAGGAAGGCUUCGGACCCCUAGAGCAUCGAACGGCAGCGGAGGCAUGGUCCAUGUUUCGCCUCGGACCGGCGGAAGGUCUCGCGUCCCGUAAAACGUGGGAGCGGAGCAAGUUCCCUGGGGAAGCCUUUGACGACUUAGUAGCUAUGCAGGCAGCGCGGAGGCGAGGUCCUGGUGUAGAUGACCUGGAAGCUCGAGCCGUUAUAGAUGCGGUGAACCGCAUAGGCGAAUGUGACGUAUUGGCUCAUAGUCAUGGCGCUGUGGUUUUACUGAUCGCCCUGAAAAUGAUGGAUGAGAUGAACGAUGACAGCAAAGUCUUAGUACGAGACGUGGUACUGGUGGAACCUGGUCCAACCGGGGACGGAGACAUGCUCAAGCAAUCAUCGAGUAUUGGCAGAACACUGGUAAUUUGGGGAGAUUUGGUGGAUAAGUUCCCAGGGUCUGUGGCUGCAUGGGAUCGGGUCAAGAGCGGCUACAAGUCAAACACCGCAGAGGAGUUAGUACUUCCCCAGCUUGGAAUCAUGGGAAACUCACAUGUGAUGAUGCUGGAUACCAAUGCUGCGCAGAUUAUGGACAUCAUUCUGCAAUGGCUCGAUAACCACACGAUUCAAGGCGCUCCAUGUCUGGAUGUGGGGAAGAAAAUUCCGCAAUAAGCCAAGCACACGGUCAACGGAGGAAAUGAAUAUAAGAAAGCAGCAUGGACAUAAUAGCUUGAAACACAACAGAUACUAUUUCCCCCUCUCAAACAACGUAUCCUAGAUUUGAAUACACC